CUAUUAAUUCAAACGCAGAUAAUGUACGAAGCACGUGAGAUAUUGCUUAGCAAUUGCAUCAACCGACACCUGUAUCUCGGGUGAUAACUGUCUGUAUGAAACAGUCAACAGAAUACCUCGGUUCACAAUCUCUUGUCUCGAUUGUUUCACACUGUUGCUAUAGUUUCUGCUAAUUAGUCGAAAAGAGCCCGAUGCUGAAACAGCAGAAGAAUUGUUGUGAGGGUUAGGUUCGGCGCUUCCUUCCCUGUUGUCAUUUUUGCUUCGCAGGCCAUUGGUGUGGUGAUCCUUGGUGAACAUGAUGCUUCCAGGAGUCCAACUGGUUGUUGUCGCCAUUGUCGUGGCGUCCAGAAACGUAAUAUUAGUGAGAACAGACACUAACCUACUGCCACGUGGAUGGGACAAGAUAUGUCAGUCUACAUCCCUUGCUGCCAGUGACCUGAACGCAUCAUUUAAAUGUUUCUUGAGCGAAAAUGCUCCAGUCCAAUGGCGGCUUGCAGAUCUGCGACAGGAACUAAAAACUAAUGGUUCAAAGGUGUCCUUUGAAGUGAAGUGUGAACAAGGCGCCAACAUCAGUCUUCCAUGGCCGAUGAGGGCACCCGGUCUGGUGGAGUUGAGGGUACGGGACUGCAUACUGUUGGACCAAUUCGCUGAUUUCCAAACGCCGGCAGAGAAACUGAGCGACUCUCUGCGCGUGCUGGACAUGCAACAUUGUACAUGGCUGACUGAUAUACAAUCUUUUCUGAUGUUUUACUCAAAAAUGGAGAAAAUGUCCAAGGAGUUUGACUGUGGCCAAGACAAUUCUCUGGUUGAAUAUAUCGCGAGGAACAUCAGUAGACAUUUGAGAGGUCUUUCUAAGUCACUGUCAGGCCUAGGGCUGAACAGUGGUCCUUCAAAAGAUGCUGAUACUGGUACGAUCUUCAAAGAAUUAUUGGUGAAAACUGAUGAGAUCAACACAAAAUGCUAUUUCAGUAAACUGCAAGUACUCGAUGAAAGUGAUAAUGACAAUUUCCCUAAACACCAUUUUGAGAUGAUGGUGCCGAAGAAUAAAUAUCCGAGUCUUCGCAUCAUGAACUAUCGUAACAUUGGGUUACUUAGUGUCCCUGAGCAACUCAAGCAGUGGGCGAGGUUCUUUCCCAAGCUGGAGUUGAUCGAUCUGUCGUAUAAUCGAAUCAAAGAUCUCAACAUGGAAUACCCAUUCCCUAGCAACGUGAGCAUGACUCUGGUUCUGCAUUACAACAACAUUACUAAAAUCUCUAUGGAUAUUCUUAAACAUUGGGCUCAAAUCCCAAGCCUUUAUGUCGAUAUUCGUCAUAACCCCAUCAACUGCACCUGCGAACUUGCUAAUCUUUUGAACCAGCUAAAGAACGAGACUGCGUGGGCAGGACCGGCUAUGAAAUAUUAUCUUUCCCAGGUUCCUUACCUGAGGUGUUUCAAACCCUGUCAGCUUGAGGGUAGACAGUUUGGGUCUCUCUCGUUAAAUGAACUGCCUUGUCCUGUUUCUCCUGUACAUCAAAAUGACCUUCGCCCUGUAUUAGCCGCUCUAGCAGUCACCAUUGUGCUGUUGGUGCUGCUGGUGCUUGCUGUGCGCUACCGUCGCGAGGUUCGCAUCCUCGUCUUCACGCGCGCCCACGUGUUGCUGCCGUGCGGCCUUCCGCUGGCGAACGUGGACGUCGGUCUGGCGGGUGGCAAAACCUACGACGCCUUCGUGGCCUACGCACACGAAGACAGUGAGUGGGUGCUGAGGGAACUGUAUCACAGGCUGGAAAACUCCAGACCAGCGUGCAAACUGUGCAUCCACCAGCGAGACUUCGUGGUGGGCAAAACCAUCAUCGACAACAUCAUCGACAGCAUCGCUGCUAGCAGGCACACCAUCGUCGUCGUGUCACCCAAUUUCGUCAAGAGUUCUUGGGCCAUGGAGGAGCUUCACCAGGCUUUUCGCCAGAGCAUGGAAGAACGCAGGCGCCAUCUACUUAUAGUCAUGCUGCAAGACGUCCAGCCGUCAAGUAUGCCCGCCAUGUUGAAGACAUGCUGUAAAACCUUCACUUACCUGGAAGCUAGUGAUACACUGUUCUGGGACAGACUUAUCUAUUCACUGCAUGUCACAGAGAAGAAGAAAAUAAAACUGGACGACAACGAUGUCUACGAAGACGAGCUGAAGGAUGACGGCAACAAAAUGUUAGAUAAUAAUCCUAUCGACGACGAGUUGAGAUCAAUAUUUUUAGAGGAAAUGUUAAUGAUUUCCAGUGAUAUGAUGAGUAGAGGUGUCGCAGUUGCGAGUGAAGACAGGCCUCGCCCCAUCAGCUCAGAUGCCUUUAAUACAAGCGAAGACUCGCCUCAAGCCACGAACACGGGUGUCUUUACGACAAAUGAAGAUGAGCUUUGAGCGACAAAGCCGAGAACUCAAGAGAAACAUUUUGCUGACAAAUAUCCUCGUGAGGACAAAGCUACCAAUGUCUGAAGUCAUGUCUACUCAUCAUGUGGAAGCUACUCAGCUGUUGUUCCUUCCACCUCCCCUACAUCCCCUACCCCGACGACCAGACUUAUCCAGAGAAAAAACUGACGAGCCUGAUCACUAAUUUGUAAUCUUCCUGUUGGAGACAUAAUUUUAAUAAUGUCACGCAGAUUAUUAGUAAUCUAGGUCACAUGGAUGUAAACUGUCUUUAAAAGAAAGCUCUGAACACUUCCAUCACUUUCUUAACCUACUCUUCCUCUUAUUAACAUCAAAUAAUGUUUCUGUACAUUGCACGAAAUAAUGACAUACGACCAUGCUUAUUUGUUUACGUCCCUUGACCUCCUUGCUGUCAUUAAUAGUAAUGUUUGCCAAAGCAAAUGAAGUUAAUGAGAUAUUUAUGUACAUUUGUCUUAAAUCGUAGAAGGCGUGUAACUUCACAACUUUUUGUCAAUUUCCUUCAUCACUGAUUUUAUUACUAUUUUAUUAUAGUACUGACUGUAAUAUAACUAACAGCAUAUCCUGUAGCUGGAGGUCUGGGUUAUGAAGGGUUAUGUAACAACACAGGAAAGCAGACUUCAAGUCUACUUCCGGAAGGACACUCAGUUCUAAACUUGACCUUUAGCAGUUUUGUGUAUUUUUCAUAUUAUUUUAUUAUUCCAGAUGUUUGUCGCCUGACUGAUAAACCCACACUUGGAGGUUGAUUUAUGUUUCUCAAUGUCAUUUUUAAAUUCGGAUAAUGGGAAGUAAUUAAUGUCGUCUCAAUUCCUUGGUCCACAGAAAACAAUCAUAAUCCACUUGAUAUGAACAGUCUAAGGCAACAGUGGUUUGUUGAACAAAUGUACAUUUGUCACGAAAGUGUG